AUGAAUGAUGAUUUAGAAAUUUUACGUGAUGCAAUAAAUUCAUUUGAUGAUAUUGGUGAUGGAUGUGUUUAUGUUAAAGAUGCUGGAAAAACUUUAAGAAUUUGUGGUUUAUAUCCAUCAGAGGAAAGUAUUAAUAAACAACUUGGAAGUCUUCUUGAUACUCCAGAUGAGCGUGUUGGGGCAAAUGUUCUCAUACCAAUGUAUAAUGAAUUAAAAAAAGAUAUGGUAAAUGUUGAAAAUCCUAUUAAAACAAUUGAACCUAUAUUAAACUUUUUUGAUCGCGAAGGAACAGGAUCUAUUAAGGUAUCAGAUCUUCGUCUUAUGCUCCAAACAUAUGGUGAACAGUUAUCUAAUUUAGAAAUGGAUUCAAUUUUUUCAUCACUACCUAUAAAUGAAGAUGGAUAUAUCUCAAAAGAAUCUUUUAUUAAAGAGAUAUGUUUUGACACCUUUUAA